AUGAGUUACUUAUCUGCUGAAGAGCUAUGCCUAGAAGAGAUUUCCAUAAGAGAAUUCGAAUGUGAAUGCAGAUACUGCCAUAUCUAUCGAUCAGAAGAUAGCUAUAUAGUUUCUCUACUUUACUGGGGAUUGGUUAUCCCAGGUUAUUGGGUGUAUUGCUCUUGGAUACUAGUCAAAUUUAUAAUUUUGCACCCAAACAAGCGUACUCGCACUUCUGAAGGCACUUGUAACGAAGAUCAUAUUGAGGCGAUAUUGGAUCACUCCAAAAAUAGAAGCAAGCUAUGGGACUAUCUUGGGUAUGGCAUCAGUGCCUUAGUUCUAGAAUUUAUAGUUAUUUGCAGCUUUUGGCUCAUCGUAAAAGCAGAAGGUAUCUACUUAGUUCCUGAUUUGCUUAGAAAACAAAGAAAACAUAAUUGA